GUGGGGACACGGAAGAAUGUCUCAGUUACAUUGGGCUUCACCGCGCUCUCUCUCUCUCUCUCUCUCUCUCUCUACCCUUAGUUCUUUCUUCUCUCUCCAGUGGAAGCUGCCGUACAUCUCUUCUUCUUCCAGUAUAUUUUACUCGCUUCAGAUUCUCCUCUACAUUUUCACCAUGCGGGUCUCUCAAAUCUGUACUUGUGCCCUAGAUCCAUGCAUUCCCUCGCCCUAUCCACUUGAUCAAUCUCUAGGGUUUUCAUUCUGCACUGCGUAACUCUACUGCUUUGAUGAACUGUACAACCCGGACAAUCAUUGUCGAGGUACUGUUAUGAAAAUUUCAGGGACCGUGGGGUUUUAUUUUUGAAAUUUUGUUCGUCUGCUCUGUGUUUUGCAUUUAUAUUGCAUAUUUGCUUCGCAGGGGGUUGGUUUGGCUGUGUAUGUCGUUUGGUGAUUAUUGGAGUAGGCAUAGCAUGAAUUGAAUCUUUAAUUUUAUUUGAAGAUACUUUUUGUUACUCUUUUGGGAUGUUUCUUUUCGAUUGAUUGUGAUGAUGAUGGGCAAGGCAGAAAUGGAAAUUGAAAAAUCGAAAGCUUUUAUUGGGUGAUAAUUAUGCUUUUGAAGGAAGGAGUUGCUGCAUAAUGAGUUGCAUUUGCUGAAAGAGGAAAUUUUAAUAAGGUUUUCUAGGUGAUUAUCUUUGGUGUUGAAGGAAGAUUUUAUUGGUGCCAAUUUAGUUGUGAUAGUCUACGCUUGCUAGAGCAAGAGGCAAAAGAUUUUAUGGGGGAUAAUCUUCCGUUUAAAGAAGGUUUUUGUUGCGGCUUACUUGGUGUGUAAUGGGUUGCGUUUGUGGUAAGCCCUCUGCUAUUGAAGACAGUAGGGAGAGCCCACGAGAGAGGUUGUCCAGUAAGGCCCCGUCGGAUGUGCGAGUGCCAAGGGUCACUUCGUCCCGGAGAGUGGAAGCAUAUCGAGUGAAAGAUAGGUUGGACAGUAAUGAUGGAAGAGCUAUGCUAAUUGAGAAGCAAGCGAAUGGGUCAGUCCGGUUACAUGGUGAGAAUUUCGAGAGGAAGAGGGAGAAAAGUGAGUAUGCUGUUGUUGCUCACCAUCCUGGAUUGAGCAGCAUUCCAAAAGCAACAGAAGGGGAGCAGGUUGCGGCAGGGUGGCCCUCUUGGCUUGCUGCGGUGGCUGGAGAAGCUAUCAGGGGAUGGGUUCCUCGGCGGGCAGAUUCUUUCGAGAAGCUGGACAAGAUUGGCCAGGGAACUUACAGUAAUGUUUAUAGGGCUCGUGAUCUUGAACAAGGGAAAAUAGUUGCAUUAAAGAAGGUUAGGUUCGAUAAUUUAGAGCCUGAGAGCGUUCGAUUUAUGGCCAGGGAAAUUCACAUUCUGCGCAGGCUUGAUCAUCCAAAUAUUAUAAAACUGGAAGGUCUAGUUACUUCAAGAAUGUCUUGCAGCUUGUACCUUGUUUUUGAGUAUAUGGAGCAUGAUUUGGCUGGUCUUGCAUCCCAUCCUGGUCUCAAGUUUACAGAGCCACAGGUGAAAUGUUAUAUGCAACAACUUCUCUGUGGACUUGAUCAUUGUCACAGCCGGGGUGUUCUACAUCGUGACAUAAAGGGUUCUAACCUUUUAAUUGACAAUAGUGGAAUCUUGAAGAUUGCAGAUUUUGGUUUGGCAAGCUUUUUUGAUCCUCAUCAAAGUCAGCUGCUAACAAGUCGUGUUGUGACCCUCUGGUAUAGGCCACCGGAACUUUUACUUGGAGCCACUUAUUAUGGAACUGCUGUGGACCUCUGGAGCACUGGCUGUAUACUUGCUGAACUAUAUGCUGGCAAGCCUAUAAUGCCUGGAAGGACUGAGGUGGAGCAGCUGCAUAAAAUAUUCAAGCUUUGUGGCUCACCUUCAGAGGAUUAUUGGAGGAAAUCAAAGUUGCCUCAUGCAACCAUUUUUAAGCCCCAACAGCCUUACAGACGCUGUGUUGCAGAAACAUUUAAAGACUUCCCUACUCCAGCUUUAGGGCUUAUGGAGAUCCUACUUUCCAUAGAUCCGGCUGAUCGUGGAUCUGCAGCUUCUGCCCUCAGGAGUGAGUUCUUUACAACAAAACCACUUCCCUGUGAUCCUUCAAGCUUGCCCAAGUAUCCUCCCAGCAAAGAGUUUGAUGCUAAAGUACGGGAUGAAGAAGCUAGAAGACAAGGAGCAGCAGGUAACAAGGGCCAAAGACUUGAGCUUGAAAGAAGAGGAGCAAGAGAGUCUCGAGCAAUUCCAGCACCAGAUGCCAAUGCUGAAUUAAUCUUGUCAAUGCAAAAAAGACAAGGACAGUCUAAUUCCAAGAGCCGGAGUGAGAUGUUUAAUCCUCAUCAGGAAGAUGUUGCAUCUGGCUUUCCAAUAGACCCACCUAGACAGUCCCAAGCUGUAGAAGAAUUAAGUGCAGACCGGCAUGGGCAUCAUCAUAAGAGAGCCUCCCAUUCAGGGCCACUGGUUCACCGGGCUGCAUGGGCAAAGUCUGGGAAAAACUUGGAUGAUGUUUCAAAGAUUUCAUCUGGGGCUGACAUGUCAACAAUGUCAGGUUUAGUAGCUGGAAGGAGUUUGUUGUCAGAAGAUCGCAGGGAAAAGUCUGGUCCUUCACAACCGGAAGUUCCAAAACUAAUAGGCAGAUUCUCAGGCUCCUUCAAGGAGGCCUCAGAAUCAACUGCACAGCAGGAUCAGAGGCAUCAUGGGCAGGGCUUUGUGGGCUCUCAACAGAAAGAGGAUGGGAGAACCAGCAACAAAGAUCCUGUUCUUCUUGGUUAUGGUUCCAAGGGGCACAAAAUUCACUACUCUGGGCCGCUACUAGUUCCGUCAAGCAACAUGGAUCAGAUGCUGAAGGACCAUGAUCGCCAGAUACAAGAGGCUGUAAGACGAGCACGCCUUGACAAGGCAAAAGUCAGAAAAGCUCAGGUUGAAGGAAACCAAAUAUUUGUGUCUGGUCGCUGAAACAGGAAACCAAAUAUUAGCCCUGCAUUGAUGGAGAACUAGUGCAGCCAUUCCUCUUCUGAAAGAGAUAGGAAAGGAGGCGAUUUUUGCAUAGGGAGUGUUCCAAGGAAGAUGGCCGCUGGCCAUUUUUAUCGAAGCUUGUGGCUUGCUGGGAAUUCUCUCUCUCUCUCCCUCUCCCCCCCCCCCUUGUGCAAUGUAUUCUCUUUCCUUUCCAAUCUGCACCUGUAGUUUCUAAGAUAUGGGCGAUUCUUGUAGAGCUUAUUGUUAGCCAUGACCCGCUGAGUAAUAUUUAUUCUCGUGUAUUCUCCUUUCACUCUCUGUAUCUGCAGUUUAAAAAAUAUGGGCCAUUCUGUAGAUCUUCUUGCUAUCCGAAUCUUGUGGGCUUUAAA